CUAAAACUGGAUUGUUUUUGUCUCUAGCCUGUGGUGCACGCUGGCAUCGGGCAACAUCCUAGGCUCGGACGCGCUAGGGAUGCGGAACGUGGAGGGCCGCGCGGUGGGACGCGCCGCGGGCAUGGCGAUGCGCCAGGACCUCAUCGUCGGCGCCUGCGUCGACCAACACGCGCAGGACCAAGUGAUCAUAUACAUGGCACUGGCCGAGGGCAAGUCGUCGAUACGGACUGGAUUCGUCUCUCGGCACACCAAAACCGCCAUGCACAUCGCCGAAAUGAUUGCUAAAGUUAAAUUCGAGAUAUAUCCUGAUUCAACUCUCAGAAAUCAAAACAUCAUCGAGUGCACCGGCCUAGGGCUUACUAACAAACACCUGACCCCAGCUCAGUAGUAGGAAGUUGUUCCCUAACAUUAAGUCAUAUUGGCGACACCAGGCUGCCGAUACUAGCUAUCUGGCUAACAUAUAAAACGGUAUUUAUUGCUUGACUGAAUGUAUUUGUGUAAAGUAUGUAUUUAAGUGUGUUUCUGUACUAAGUUUAAGAUUAUAUUUUUAAUUUUAUGAUUAAAAUUUUCGACAAUCA